AUGGCAACUUUACCAGGGACAGUUCCCAGAAUGAUGCGCCCCGCGCCGGGACAGAACUACCCCCGCACGGGCUUCCCUUUGGAAGUGUCGACUCCUCUGGGCCAGGGCCGAGUGAACCAGCUCGGGGGGGUGUUCAUUAAUGGGCGACCUUUGCCAAACCAUAUCCGCCACAAGAUAGUGGAGAUGGCCCACCACGGCAUCCGCCCCUGUGUGAUCUCCCGGCAGCUGCGAGUCUCCCAUGGCUGCGUCUCCAAAAUCCUUUGCCGGUAUCAGGAGACCGGCUCCAUCCGCCCCGGAGCCAUCGGAGGGAGCAAACCCAGGCAGGUUGCCACUCCCGACGUGGAAAAGAAAAUCGAGGAAUACAAGAGAGAGAAUCCGGGGAUGUUUAGCUGGGAAAUCCGAGAUAGACUCCUGAAAGAUGGGCACUGUGACAGGAGCACUGUUCCCUCAGUGAGUUCGAUUAGCCGGGUGCUAAGAAUCAAGUUCGGGAAGAAAGAGGAAGAGGAGGAGUGUGACAAGAAGGAGGAAGACGGGGAGAAAAAGGCGAAGCACAGCAUAGACGGCAUUUUGGGCGACAAAGGUAACAGGCUGGAUGAAGGCUCAGAUGUUGAGUCUGAACCGGACCUACCCUUGAAACGCAAGCAGCGCCGUAGCCGGACCACCUUCACGGCCGAGCAGCUGGAGGAGCUGGAGAAGGCCUUUGAGAGAACCCACUACCCAGAUAUCUACACACGAGAGGAGCUAGCCCAGAGGACCAAACUCACAGAGGCCCGAGUACAGGUGUGGUUCAGUAACCGAAGAGCCAGGUGGCGCAAGCAAGCAGGAGCCAAUCAGCUGGCAGCUUUUAAUCACCUGUUGCCAGGGGGCUUUCCGCCAACUGGAAUGCCGACUCUACCACCCUACCAGCUGCCAGAUUCCACCUACCCCACCACCACUAUUUCCCAAGAUGGGAGCAGCACCGUGCACAGACCCCAGCCCCUGCCACCAUCCACCAUGCACCAGGGAGGGCUGGCAGCCGCUGCCGCCGCUGAUACCAGUUCUGCCUACGGGGCCCGACACAGCUUCUCCAGCUACUCGGACAGUUUCAUGAACCCUGCAGCUCCUGCCAAUCACAUGAACCCUGUCAGCAACGGCCUCUCUCCACAGAAGCAGGGUGCCCAAACCAAGAGGCAGUUCUCCAGGUGGAACCACAUGAUAGCCUUGAACAAUCAGGUGAUGAGCAUCCUAAGCAACCCGAGCGGCGUUCCGCCACAGCCCCAGGCUGAUUUCUCCAUCUCUCCCCUCCACGGUGGUUUGGACACCACCAACUCCAUCUCCGCCAGCUGCAGUCAGCGGAGCGACUCCAUCAAGUCUGUUGACAGCCUCCCCACCUCGCAGUCCUACUGCCCUCCCACCUACAGCACCACCGGUUAUAGCGUGGACCCCGUGGCCAGCUACCAGUAUGGACAGUAUGGACAAACUGCUGUCGACUAUUUGGCCAAGAACGUGAGCCUGUCUACACAGCGCAGGAUGAAGCUGGGAGAACAUUCAGCUGUGCUGGGCCUCCUACCGGUAGAGACAGGCCAGGCUUACUGA